AAUGCAGUGAAUGAUACUGAUCCUAUAUCAUUUGCUUUGGAAAACUUUCCACAAGAUCUUAUGCCUGAAUGGUUUAGAAACAAUGGCGGAAUAUUGUUCCACGUAUUUCUACUGGGUUAUUGUUGUCUGGGUUUGGGAGUUGUUUGUGAUCUAUAUUUUCUUCCCUCACUUGAGAUUAUCAGUCAAAAAUUGUCAUUGUCACCAGACAUAGCUGGGGCAACUUUCAUGGCAAUCGGCACUUCAGCGCCUGAAUUGUUCACAAGUAUUAUAGGAGUGUUUGUAUCGCAAGAUGACAUAGGAAUCGGCACUAUUCUGGGGACAGCUGUUUUCAAUUUGAUUGUAAUACCGGCCGCCUGUGGGUUCGCUGUUAUGCUGUAUUGUCCCAAAACGCCGGACAUCAGCCGUUUCCCAAUACUUAGAGACUCUAUAUUUUAUAUAUUGACUAUCGUUACACUCAUCCUAUGCAUCAAAGAUAAUCGAGUCGAUUGGGUCGAGUCGUUGAUUUUGAUUUCAAUGUUUGGCGUGUAUUUAGUGAUAAUGUAUUUCAACGCACAAUACAGUCAUCUACUGAAUGAUAGUGAAGACAGUGAUGAGAAGACACCACUUUUGUCGGAGAAUACAUUAGACAAAGCGCACGAGGAGUGGAACGGGGGGUCGGGUGUGCCCACAGACCAGGACACCGACGACAUGGAGAGCGCCAGAGAGAUGGAGGAGCAAAGUGUCAAUACUUUGAGCUCUAGUUUCGAGUAUAGAAAGCGGAGUCGCAGUGGAAGUCAGAAACGGAUCGCUUUCGCGGACAUUGAAGUUGAAGACGAGGCCGACUGGAUUGAGAGCAAUGUCUUCUGCAAGUGGUUCCUCUUUCCCAUGACUUUGCUCUUUAAGAUCACUCUUCCCAAACCCACCAAAUGGUGUUUUGUCAUCACAUUCAUCGUGUCUAUCAUAUGGAUCGGUAGCCUAACUUACAUAUGUGUUUGGAUGGUCACCAUAAUUGGCUACACUCUGGGACUGCCGGACACUGUGAGUGGUCUAACACUGUUAGCAGCGGGCACUUCAGUACCAGAGCUCAUAUCUAGUGUACUGGUGGUGAAAAAGGCCAGUCAGGCAGAUAUGGCUAUUUGCAACUCAAUCGGUUCCAACAUAUUUGAUAUAUUGUUCUGUUUGGGAGUUCCCUGGCUAUUAAAGUCGGUUUUAUGGAUGUUUCAAAAGGGAACCAUAAGUCUGGAGGCAACUGCUGUGCCCAUUGACUCCACAGCCUUACCUCUGACCACAUUCUCUUUGUUGGUCACUAUCUUUGCACUGUUGGCCACCUUUCAGGCGACUAAAUGGAAGUUAGGCCUAACGGUGGGCAUAACCUGUAGUAUUAUUUAUGUCGUAUUUGUCGUUAGCUCAUCACUACUUGAGAUAUCGUUAGCGUUAGAUAAAUAG